CGUAGAUGAUUCUCGUGACGCUGCGAUGGAGACCUACGGAGGAACAGGGAUGGAAACAGAAAUGAGCAUCUGGUCUGAUGUCAGCUCGGUUCAGUAGUUUUAUGUCGCUUUUUCACGUUUAGAUUAUUGGCCAUGAUUUUCCUGCGGAGGCUCGUGCAGCUGCUGGUGCUGCUAAUCCAGGGCGGAUGGUGGGGGGUCGCUCCUAGCCCCACCGACGAGGGAGCACUCCGGGCCGGCCACGGGGAGCAUGGAGAGCCGGGGCACCAGGAGCCACACAAGGACUCGUACAGCACCUUUGCCUCCGAGUUCCUGGAGUCCAGAUAUCUGUCCGAUGACGGUUAUCCAUUCCCCACCGCUCCACCAGUGGAUCCCUUUGCCAAGAUCAAAGUCAUUGACUGUGGAGUCACCAAAGGCUGCAUCAGGUAUGGGAAGCCAGGGUGUGAUGCAGAGACGUGUGACUACUUUCUGAGUUACCGUCGCAUUGGUACAGAUGUGGAGUAUGAAAUGAGUGCAGACACAGACGGCUGGGUGGCCGUAGGUUUUUCCUCUGACAAGAAAAUGGGCGGAGACGAUGUCAUGGGCUGCGUCCAUGAUGACAACGGUCGCGUGCGAAUUCAUCACUUCUACAACGUCGGCCAGUGGGCGAAGGAGAUCAAGAGGAACCCGGCCAGAGAUGAAGAGGGAAUUUUCGAGAACAAUCGGGUGACCUGCCGCUUCAAACGACCGCUGUAUGUCCCCAGAGAGGAGACACUGGUGGACUUACACCUGUCGUGGUAUUACCUGUUUGCAUGGGGUCCCGCCAUUCAAGGUUCCAUCACGAGGCAUGACAUUGACAGUCCGCCCGUCAGUGAUCACAUGAUCAGUAUCUAUAAGUACGAGGACCUCUUCAUGCCUUCCACAGCGUACCAGACCUUCAACUCUCCCCUCUGCUUACUCCUCAUCGUAGCUCUCACUUUCUACCUACUGAUGGGGACACCAUAAUAAAGCACAGAAGAGCACAGAGGAGGAGAUGAAGCAGCAAUAAAAAAAAGUUGACUUUUUUUACAUGCCACAUUCAAGUGUGCACUUUGCACACAGUAUUAGACAUAUUAUCCAGGAUAGAGAAUAUAUAUCCAUUACUCUGAACUCAUUCAGAGGAUCCGGACAAAUUAUUAAACCUAUAUUUAAGUGUUAUGUACUGCUGUCAGUACAAGAGGUCUGAUAACAGAGUAUUAUUGUAGUUAAAUAGGUAAACUACUUUAAGUAUUUAUUGUAGCUUCCAAGUAUUAAAAAAGUUAGAGGGGUACACUUUCACAAGUAUUUAAAAUACUGCAUGCACUGGGAAAUCUGGGAAUAAUUUCAAAAAGCCACUAUUCACCGGUGAUCAGAAGAAUAAGACAGCGCCAACUCACAGCAGUUUGCACAAACUCUUCAUGUCCCCUCACUCAUGUUUAAAAAGAAAAUGAGACAGUUUAUUUGGUGGUUUGUUCUCUGAAAUAUCCAAGGUCUGCCUACUGUAUGUGUUUACAAUUAAAAAUAUUUUCAUUAACUUUUAAAAACUUUUAAAAAGAGGUUUUUGGUUGGCUCAUCUUACUCAUAACUUCCUUUAAGAACUGUUCCCCACCUUUACCUCAGCAGCGGCUGUUUGAUUAUCAGCACUGUUGCACUGUGACUGUCGCACAGAGAGAGAGACUGCUACACGAGUUCGUCUACGAUUUCCAAUGUGAGCAACAACAACACUGAACAAGAACAAACUGAGGAUUUAACAACAUUUUGCGUGGACAUGGACUAACACCCCUCUUUCAUUGUAGCCUUUUGAUCUCUAUUAAAAAUGACUGAAUACGUUGAGAUGCCUCCUACUGAAACAAUCUGCAAUAUUUGUUUAUUAUUAAUAAAAAAUAACAAUAUACAAUACAAUAUUAUAAGGAAAUACAGACAUUGCUGUGUGUGAACAAUCAGUCAAACAGUGUAAAUAUAAAUAGGACAUAUUUGAACAGAAUUACCACUGAGGUCAUGUGCCUCGUAUUUUGAUGUUAUUACUCUGAGUAACUUUGAAUUUUGGUGGAAAUUAGCUGUGGAAAAUAGUCUUCCAGAUGAAUGACCAGUGACUGUAGCUCGUAACUUAAAAUGUGUCAAUUAUGAACUGUAACCAUGAGCUUCUAACCACACAGAACCAAACAUUUCAUGACAAAUACUAAAUCUGGCUGAUUGCAUUAAAGUCGAUAUACUUUUAAAAA